CCGUUGCGAGAGUAGCAUCGUGCCGCCCGUUAUUGCUGACCAAAGAAAAGGCUAGCCAGCGUUUGUUUCGCGAGCAACCGAGCGAUCGUCGCGUCGUCCAGUCGCGAAGAACUCUUUCGCAAGUGGUUCGUUCGCAAAUUCGGCGGACUCGUUUUUCGUUUUUCGUAUCGGCUGUCUUUCGGGCAGUUACAUUAGAAACACACCUCGUGGAGAACUGAAGAGACUUGCUUUCCUUAAAAGGGGAAUUUUGGUCGGCGGCGCGCGCACGAGGUACGGCCGGAGAUCGAUUCGCCGGUCGAUGCGCGAUUUCAAAUCCGCGCGCAGAUGUUUGAAUAAACAUUAGAGGGGAGAUACAGUCGGGUGUCGCGGCGAACACACAAGGGGACCGUUAUUACGAUAUUCCACGAGGACACGCACACGUCCGCACGUACGUAUACACACGUAUACCGGCGCGGUGCGGUUGCGCGCGCGAUAAACGUUAUCGCGGUGUGGUGGCGCGACGCUAAAUCCUUUCGGAGACGGCGGCGAGGAGAGGACCGGCGCUUUUCAGGAAGUGUCGCGGCGGUGCGGGUUCCUGUCCUGUGUGUUGCCCUUCGCGAUACCGGAAGUGCAUAUUAACCAGCUAAGGAGAACGAUGCGGACGGUCGGCUCUUCGUGAAACAGUCUCUCUGUCUGUCUGUUUGUCUCACGUUCUGUCAUCCGUUCAAUAUAUUCGGUAUUUAAGCGAUGCCACGGCUCGUCUCGCCUCGUCAGAAGAUGCCUUUCACGCUGUAAAGUGAUCCUCGUCGAAAGGAGCUGUACACUUACGAUGGGCAAGCUUUUGAGUCUUUUGGCUCGGGACGAGUCUACCUGUUGCACGCCUCAAAAGUACGACGUCUUCUUAGAUUUCGAAAAUGCGCAGCCAUCGGAUAUCGAGCGCGAGACGUUCGAGGCGGUGCAGAGAGUGCUGAAAAACUCCGAAUCCAUUCUGGAGGAGAUACAGUGCUACAAGGGAGCCGGGAAAGAAAUCCGCGAGGCGAUUUCGGCGCCCACGGAAGAAUGCCAGCGGAAAGCCUACCUAACCGUGGCACCGUUGGUCGCGAAGCUCAAACGAUUCUACGAGUUCUCGCUGGAAUUAGAAAGGGUUGUGCCGAAAAUUCUGGGGCAACUGUGUUCGGGAAACCUCUCGCCGACGCAACAUCUGGAGACCCAGCAGGCGUUGGUCAAGCAGUUGGCGGAGAUACUGGAAUUCGUGCUGAAGUUCGAUGAGUUUAAGAUGAAAACGCCGGCGAUUCAGAACGAUUUCAGUUAUUAUCGCAGGACAUUGACGAGGGCGUCGCUGGCGCGACAGGACAACGCUGAAAAGGACCUAAUCGUCGGCAACGAGCUCGCCAACCGAAUGUCCUUGUUCUACGCCCACGCGACACCCAUGCUGCGAGUUCUGAGUCACGCGACCAUUACCUUCUUGAUGGAUAACGAAGACAUCGCGAGGGAGAACAUAACGGAAACGCUCGGUACAAUGGCGAAAGUGUGUUUGCGAAUGUUGGAAAAUCCGAAUCUGUUGGCGCAAUUCCAACGUGAGGAGACCCAGCUCUUUGUUUUAAGGGUUAUGGUGGGUCUGGUGAUCCUCUAUGAUCACGUACAUCCCCAAGGUGCCUUCGUAAAGGGUUCGAACGUGGAUGUGAAGGGCUGUGUGAAGCUGUUGAAGGACCAACCGCCUUGCAAGAGCGAAGGCCUACUGAACGCCCUGCGCUACACCACGAAGCACUUGAACGAGGAGAACACGCCGAAGAACAUAAAGAACCUGUUGGCCGCAUGAUUACCGAAGCAGCGCGGCUGCUGCAUCAGGACCUGAGGCACAGUCGGCCGCAUUUAUUCGCGGACACUUCUCGAACGGUAUCGUCGUUCUCGUACGACCGUCUCUGCGUCUUCGCGCGCGGAAGGUCCCCUCGCCGUCACACGUAAGACGUGGCCCGCGCGUCCGGACCGGGGUUGGUGAAACGCAACACGCGUGGUCGAAAGCUGCCCGUUAACUGCCGAGAAACGCGAAGUCUCCGAACAGCGACAGUCGCUAGCGGCGCGUAUAAUGACAAAAUACUAAUAAUAAUAAUAAUAAUAAUAAUAACAAUAAUAAUAAUAAUGAUGAAUAAUCGUUAAUGUAACGAUCGAGUACAGCCAAGCGUCCGGUCGUUGCGUGCUCCUCUUAUUUUCCUACGAUCAUCCGAAAGUACAUUAAUCCUUAUUAUUAUCACCAACGACGUCACUUGGGAUCGAUUUUUCUAUAGCAGUUUAUAUUUCAACUUUAAAUUUAAUUUUAAACUUAAACUUUCAAUUUAAUUUUAUAUAAUUUAACUUAAGUUUCAAUUUCAAUUUAAAUGUAGACUUUAGUUUUAAUUCCGUUGAAAUCAAGUGAAAUAUAUGCAAACUGAAAUAAGUGCUAGGUCUAUUUAUGCGGGAUUAGAGAGAGAAAGAGAGGGAGAAGGAGAGAGAGAAAGAGUGUACCUGAAUAUCUCGAAUGGCUCUGUCUUUAUCUAUCCUUUGUUGAUUCUAUUGUAUCUUAUCCUCCCCAUUUUCAAUCGCAGUGUAACUCAGACAAGGAUGAGUGAGAAAACAGGGACCUCUCCUAUUCUCUCAUCCUAUAUGGCAGCGCAUAUUCCAGUUAGUAUAUAUUUAGUUCAAACAAGUCGAAUUCAUUGUUAGAACAGAGCUUAAACUUUCCAGAUAACCAACUGUACAUGGAAAUUCGGCAACAACUUUACUAGCCGAUUUAUGAAGGUUGUGUCCCUUAUAAGUGACCUAUAUAUGACAUUCAUAUUUGUCACAUAGAAAGACGAAAAUGAUAAAAAUUUACUCAAAACAAUAUGUUGUAUACAAAAUUUAACAUGUGGAAAUUGAAGUGCAACUUUUUAAUACAUUUGUUGCUGCAGCGAUAUAAUACAAAAUUUUCAUUACUAUAUGAUGUAGAUUUGAUGAUUAAUUUAAUAUUCGUCUUAUGGAUAUAAUUGAAGAAAUAGCAAAGUUUCCAUUAUCGACUAUCUUACAUUGUGAUAAAUAUGAAAGUCAAUGUGAAUCUAAGUGCAAAACUUAUCUAAGUUUAAAAUCACUAUUGUAAAAUUGGCUCUUAUAUAUAUAUAUAUAUAUAUAUAUAUAUAUAUAUAUAUAUAUAUAUACAUUUAGGAAAACAAGACGACGCAAGUAUUAUUUUACCUUUGUUAUUCAUUGAACAUAGAAUAAUGACAGAAUAAUGCCUAUAUCGAUUUGUGUUACUAAACGGAAAACAUCCACUGUCACUGUCACUUUCAAAUGACUUCAUUCCAACGAAAGAAGUAUCGUCGCGUCGCGACAGAUCUUUCAUGUCUUCGUUUCCUCUAAACGUUAAACGUUCUCACAAGACACUCGUCGACAAUCGACGCUUUGACCUUAGCAGUGAGUCGCGCGAGUCACCAGUUCGUAGAGUUUGCAUUUUUCUCAACGAUAGGAGGAGAAGCGAAAACGAAAGUAAUCGCUAGAAAUUUUUACGACCGGAUAUUCACAGUGCACGGCGACGUUUGUCCUUCUAUGCAGACACAGCGUUCCAACAGUCGCGGGGUAGUUUUAUUAAGCCAUGAUUUCCACCCGGACGGCAUGAGAAGUUAAUUACGGCAUAUCAUAUAUAGUGUAUUUAGGGUAAUUUGGAGUGUGGACUUUUGACGGUGUUACGGAACAGGAGAAGGAGAGAGAGAGGGAGCGGGAGAGAGAGCUUUAAUCACGUUAUGGAUAUUAUGGAGAUCUUUAGCUCUUGUUUACUUUGUUGAAUAGCGAGCGAGAAAAGGAUUAUGGCCCGUGCUAACAGUCACUACUUGAAACUUGUCCCACUUGAGAUACUCAGAUAUGAAUUUAGAGGAUUUGGAUUGAAUUUUCGUAUUUGAAUUGCACAAUGUUUGCAAUUUACAUUUGCAAUCGCGAUUCAGCUGAAAGAUUCGCAUAUCUAGCUCGAAAUUCGAAUUUGAGUAGCCCUCAUUCGAGGUAAGUUUCCAGUAAUGACUACUAAUACGGCUCUAUGAGAGCGGUUCGUAAGACGGCGGCGAGGUGUGUUGCGAGUCGCGAAGUCGAAUAUACUGCCGGAUCGUCGGGUAUGAUCGAAUAAUCGAUAAUUUCGUUUCUUAUCGCGUCGCAGUAUUCGUAUGUCUACCGAAUAUUCGGACAUUUACAAUCGAAAAACUGUCAAGUAUUGUUGCACCAGAUCUGAGUUGAUGAUCAAUCUGAAUGAAUUAUUCAGCGGGGAGCAUCCUGUCCCGUCGACGAACGAAAGAACCAAAGAUUGUUUCUUUUUAGUAUAUAGUAAAAUUGCGAAGACACUUUGAGUGUGAUUUAUUAACGUCGAUCUCGCGAGGGAAGGCGAGUCCUCCUCGUUUCAGCUCGUUUUCUCUUGCGACUGAUAUCAAAUCUUAGAGAACCCAUGGUCUCUUUAUUAUUAUUAUUAUUAUUAUUAUUAUUAUUAUUAUUAUUAUUAUUAUGAUUGUAUACCAUUAUUAUUAAUAUUCUCAUAAAUUGUCCUGCCAAUGAAAAUUCUAUUCGUAGUAACCAACAAACACUCACACGCGCUGCAAAUCCAAGUGCGUUAUUCUGGCUAAAUUUCUCUUUUCAUAUUUUUUACCGUUUUAAGACACGCCGUUUAAUACGUUUAACCGUAUUAAAUAAUAAUAUUUAUACAUGUUAAAUGACGUGAUUAAAACCACAAGAAACGUGUAAAGAGAGCUUGAACCUAAUUACACGCUUAUGCGUUUUAAAAACAACUUGGAUAUACAGAGCAAUGCCGCGAUAUAUGUCAGCGUAUCACGUUGUUGUUUACACGAUAACACGGAAAUUCACAUGCGGUAAUUUCUCAUUUUGCGCUAUUUUGUUGUAUAUUGCCCUCUUAACAAUCCUUUCACACUUAUGAGACCGAUCUUUCACGCAAAACGUUUGGUUGAAUUUACCAAACGUCUGGUGAUACGAUAAAUGUACUGGAAUUCCGGUUGAAGUUAUCAAAAUUCCGUUUAAGCUAACGAGAUUCUAGUUAACUAGAACUUGCUGUUCGAAUUGAACAGAAUUCCUGGUAACUUCAAUCGGAAUUCCGACUUCUUCAUAUUUCAUCAGACAUUUGGUUAAUCCAACUGAAAUUCUUUUUGCAUAUUAUAGACAUUUCUUGCGUCAAGAAUUCCGUCAUGGUUUUGUGUUAUUCGUACAAUAAUGGACCUUUUAAAUAAUCUAUUUAUUGUAAUGGUAAAAUAUUAUUUUGUUGUAUUUUACAUAUACAUAGGACUUCCAAUUAGUCAUAUGCGUUCACGUAUGCGAUAUUUUUGCAGAUCGAAAGAUUACUCGGUAUUUCAUUUUUUCGCAUAGUUUUCGAAAUAAAAAUUCCGCAUGAAACUUGUUGACGGGUGAGCCAAGAUUUAAGACAGUUCACAUAGCGCACAUUUUCAUUGUCACAUCGAACAAAUUUUCGCGACCAAAUCACAGAUAUUUGAGAGAUUGUUCCUUUUUCUAUAUGGCACAAAUAUCAGGGAGAACUUGUAGAAAUUUUCAAGAAAGAGAGGAAAAAAAGAGAAGGAAAAAAGGGAAAGAGGGAUAAAAACAGAGAAGAAGAGGAAAAAGGAAAGGGAGAUGAAAAAAGAAAGAGAGCGAGAGAGAGAGAGAGAGCAUUGACUUAGCGUAACGUCUCCCUGCAGGUUUUAAAGAUUAACACUUUAAAGACUGUUUUGCCGAUCAUAAUCUGGAGUCUGUGUAAGUAUUAUUACGUAACCGAGAAAAUCACACGUUUAGAUAAGAUUACACCGGAAAAACGUUCGCCAUUAGCGAAUCUCAAACACACCCACGACUGUAUAUAUAUAUAUAGAUUGUUAUGACACACACACACACUAUUGAUAUCCGCAAAUAUAUUAUACUAUUGUACUGGCACUCAGAUCGACAGGUGCCCCGAAUUAUUGCCUUGGAAAUUUUUAAGGGAAACAAACGAAAAUGCGAAAAAAAGAAACAACGGAUACAGCAUUCGGUUACUCUUGCGUACCUACCGUUUGUUGCGUACGCUUUAUUUUAUAUAAUUCAACGUCAAUUGUGUGACACGAGAAAUAUUAUUAUUAUUAUUAUUGCACGUAUUACGAUUGUAUUUGCGGUUGCAUUAAAUUAAAUUAAUGUCCCCUGAAAAA